CCGCUGCUGCCGCUGCCGCUGCUGCUGCUGUGUCUCCGCGUCACCACUCGGCUUCUCGCUGUUUCCCCCGCCACAUCGUGCCCCAGUCGCUCCAGCCCGCCGAUGCUCACACACACUCCUCCGGGCGGUGAGCACAGCGGCCUGAGUAACACAUGCUGCGGCAGUCUGUCCGCUGUAUGGUCCGUGGAUUAGCUAUAUGCUAAUAUCGAUAGGUGAGAGGAGCCAGUGGAGGCUUCCCGAGCGUGAGCAGGCUCCUGUGCGGCCAUGGCUGAAGGAGGAGAAGGAGAGGAUGAAAUCCAGUUCCUCAGAACUGAUGACGAAGUGGUGCUCCAGUGCGUGGCCUGCAUCCAGAAGGAGAAUCGCAAGUUCUGCCUGGCCGCUGAGGGUCUGGGCAACAGGCUGUGUUACUUGGAGCCCACAUCUGAGGCAAAGUAUGUUCCUCCAGACCUGUGCAUCUGCACGUUUGUGCUGGAGCAGUCUCUGUCGGUGCGGGCCCUUCAGGAGAUGCUGGCUAAGAGUGGACAGAACAGUGAAGGGACUUGCGGCCCGGAUCGAUGGAGGCUGAUAAGGAAGGCAGCACAGAGUGGCGGACACAAGACGCUACUGUACGGACAUGCCAUCCUCUUGCGACAUUCUUUUAGCUCCAUGUACCUGGCCUGUUUGAAGACAUCAAGGUCACAGACUGAUAAGCUGUCUUUUGAUGUCGGCCUACAGGAAGACUCAACAGGGGAGGCCUGUUGGUGGACGAUCCACCCUGCCUCCAAACAGAGAUCGGAAGGAGAGAAAGUGCGCAUUGGUGAUGACCUCAUCCUUGUCAGUGUGUCCUCAGAGCGAUAUCUUCACUUAUCCAUCUCCAAUGGCAAUAUCCAGGUGGAUGCUUCCUUCAUGCAAACCCUGUGGAACGUCCAUCCUAUCUGCUCCGGCAGCAACAUAGAGGAAGGCUACUUGCUUGGCGGUCAUGUGAUGCGGAUGUUCCACGGACACGACGAAGUACUCACCAUCCCGGGGUCAGACCAGAGUGAAGAGCAGCAAAGGAUAGUCAACUAUGAGACGGGUAAAGCCGGCGCCAAGGCCAGGUCCUUGUGGAGGCUGGAGCCACUCAGAAUCAGCUGGAGUGGGAGCCACAUUCGCUGGGGCCAGGCUAUUCGCCUGCGGCAUCUGACCACUGGUCACUAUCUGGCUCUGACUGACGACAGAGGGCUGGUGCUGCAGGAUCGGGAGAAGUCAGACACUGUCGCCACAGCCUUCUGCUUCAGAGCGUCUAAGGAGAAGCUGGAGCAGAGCCCCAAGAGAGACAUCGAGGGCAUGGGGGUGGCGGAGAUCAAAUACGGGGACUCGCUCUGCUUCAUCACGCACAUGGCCACGGGACUCUGGCUCUCCUAUCAGGCACCUGAUGUCAAAUCGGCCCGUCUGGGUCCCCUCAAGAGACGAGCGUGCCUACACUCUGAAGGUCACAUGGAUGACGGCUUGACCCUGCAGCGCUGUCAGCAUGAGGAGUCCCGUGCCGCACGCAUCAUCCGCAACACCACUUUACUCUUCAACCGAUUCAUCAGAGACCUGGACUGUCUGGGUGUCAAGAACCGGAUACUGGUUGCCUUACCGGUCGAGGAGGUGCUCCAAACUCUCAAUGACCUCAUCACCUAUUUCCAGCUCCCCGACGCUGAGCUGGAGCACGAAGAGCGGCAGAUCAAGCUGCGCUCACUCAAGAACCGACAGAACCUAUUCAAGCAGGAAGGCAUGCUGACGCUGGUGUCCAACUGUAUCGACCGUCUGAACGUGUACAACAGUGCUGCCCACUUUGGGGAGUGUGCCGGGUCCGAGGCCGGAGCAGCCUGGAAAGAUAUACUGAACCUGCUGUAUGAGCUGCUCGCGGCGCUAAUCCGAGGGAACAGAAACAACUGCACCCAGUUCUCCAACAACUUGGACUGGCUGGUGAGCAAGCUGGAGAGACUGGAGUCGUCCUCGGGCAUCCUGGAAGUCCUGCACUGCAUUCUAAUCGAGAGCCCGGAGGCCCUCAACAUCAUCCAGCGAGGACACAUCAAGUCCAUUAUAUCUCUGCUCUAUAAGCACGGACGCAACCACAAGAUUUUGGAUGUGCUCUGCUCGCUCUGUGUGUGUAACGGUGUAGCGGUGCGAACCAAUCAGAACCUUAUCUGUGAUUACUUGCUUCCCAAAAGAGACCUGCUGUUGCAGACCCAGCUGGUCAAUGACGUCCAGAGCAUGAGACCAAACAUCUUCCUUGGGGUCAGCGACGGCUCGGCGCAGUAUAAGAAGUGGUACUAUGAGCUGAUUAUAGACCAGGUGGACCACUUUGUCACCAGCGAGCCCUCCCACUUGAGAGUCGGCUGGGCCAACACGAAAGGAUACGCUCCCUACCCAGGAGGAGGCGAGGGCUGGGGGGGCAACGGAGUGGGAGAUGACCUCUACUCGUAUGGUUUUGAUGGACUCCACCUCUGGUCUGGUCGUAUCCCCCGGGUGGUUGCAUCCAUGAACCAGCACGUCCUGACCUCAGAGGAUGUGGUGAGCUGUUGCCUGGACCUGGGAGCUCCCAGCAUCUCUUUCAGAAUUAACGGGCAGCCAGUCCAGGGCAUGUUUGAAAACUUCAGCACAGACGGCCUGUUCUUCCCUGUCGUCAGCUUCUCUGCAGGGGUCAAGGUGCGCUUCCUGUUGGGUGGUCGACAUGGUGACUUUAAGUUCCUGCCUCCGUCAGGUUACGCUCCGUGCUAUGAGGCGCUGCUGCCGAAAGAGAAGAUGAAGGUGGAGCCUGUGAAAGAGUACAAGAGGGAUGUGGACGGAGUCAGAGAUCUGCUGGGCACCACUCAGUUUCUGUCGCAGGCCUCCUUCAUCCCCACUCCGGUGGAAACCAGCCAGAUUGUGAUGCCACCUCAUUUGGAGAAGGUUCGAGACAAACUGGCCGAGAACAUUCAUGAACUGUGGGGCAUGAAUAAGAUUGAGCUGGGCUGGUCGUACGGCAAGAGGAUAAGAGACGAUAAUAAGCGGCAGCAUCCAUGCCUGGUGGAUUUCUCCAAGCUGCCAGAGACGGAAAAAAACUACAAUUUGCAGAUGUCGACGGAAACUUUGAAGACCCUGCUGGCACUGGGUUGUCGUGUAGUCCAGGUGAAUCCAAAUGCAGAGGACUCACUCAAAAAGAUCAAACUCCCUAAGAACUACAUGAUGUCCAAUGGUUAUAAGCCAUCCCCUCUGGACCUGUCCGACAUUAAACUGACUCCAGGUCAGGAAAUGUUGGUGGACAAACUGGCGGAGAACGCGCACAAUGUUUGGGCCAAGGACCGCAUCAAACAGGGAUGGACCUACGGCAUUCAGCAGGAUCUGAAGAGUAAGCGUAACCCUCGUCUGGUUCCCUACAUUCUGCUGGAUGAGCGCACCAAAAAGUCAAACAGGGACAGCCUGCGGGAGGCUAUCCGCACUCUGAUUGGCUACGGGUACAACAUCGAUCCCUCGGACCAGGAAAGCGGACAAGUGGCCGAGCGGCUCAGCAUCGACAAGAUCCGCUUCUUCCGAGUGGAGCGAACAUACGCGGUGAAGACGGGGAAAUGGUAUUUUGAGUUCGAGGCUGUGACAGGAGGAGACAUGAGAGUGGGCUGGGCCAGACCAGGAUGUAAGCCAGAUGUGGAGCUGGGCACAGAUGAGCUUGCUUUUGUCUUUGACGGAUACAGGGGCCAAUGUCUCAACAUGGGCAGCCGUUUGUUUGGGCGGUGCUGGCACGCGGGGGAUGUGGUGGGAUGUAUGAUCAACAUGGAGGACAAGUCUAUGAUCUUCACCCUGAACGGGGAAAUCCUCAUCACCACCAAGGGCUCGGAACUCUGCUUCACUGACUUUGAAACUGAGGAUGGGUUCAUUCCCGUGUGUAGCCUGGGGCUGUGUCAGGUGGGUCGUAUGAAUCUGGGGAAAGAUGCGAGCACCUUCAAGUAUUACACCAUGUGUGGCCUUCAGGAAGGAUUCGAGCCGUUUUCGGUCAACAUGAACAGAGAGGUCACCAUGUGGUUCAGCAAGCGUCUGCCAACCUUUAUCAACGUGCCGAAGGACCACAACCACAUUGCGGUGAUCAGGAUUGACGGCACCAUCGAAAGCCCCCCUUGUCUUAAAGUGACCCACAAGACGUUCGGCACACAGAACAGUAACGCCGACAUGGUGUUUUGUCGUCUCAGCAUGCCUGUUGAGUUCCACUCCUUCUUCAAGUGCAGUCCGGUUGUAGACAUGAACGGAGUGCAUGAGGAAGAAACCCUGAAAGUGAAACAUAGGUAUCCGUUGAGGUCUGUGAGGCACAGUGAUGAAAGUCGACGAGUUGACUACAGCAGCAUCACGAUGCACUACCAUUCAGUCAGGGUCUUCGCCGGUCAGGACCCCGCCAGUGUGUGGGUCGGAUGGGUUACCCCCGACUACCAUUACUACAGCAACAACUUUAACCUCAGCAAAAACAGAACGGUGACCGUGACCCUGGGUGACGAGCGAGGACGGGUCCAUGAGAGUGUGAAGAGAAGUAACUGCUACAUGGUGUGGGGAGGCGAUGUGACCAGUGCUGCUCACGCCUCCAGUCGCAGCAACGUGGACCUGGAGAUUGGCUGUCUGAUCGACCUGGCCACUGGCCUGGUGUCGUUCACGGUCAAUGGCAAAGAAAUAUCCACAUCUUACCAGGUGGAACCAAACACCAAGCUCUUCCCCGCUGUGUUUGUGAGACCCACAAGUCCAAACCUCUUCCAGUUUGAGCUGGCGAAAAUAAAGAAUGCCAUGCCUCUGUCAUCGGCGAUCUUUAAGAGUGAACACAAGAACCCGGUGCCGCAGUGUCCGCCUCGUCUAGACGUGCAGACCAUCAGUGCCGUGCUGUGGAGCCGCAUGCCCAACAUAUUCCUGAAGGUGGAAACGGCCCGGGUCAACGAGCGACACGGCUGGGUGGUGCAGUGUGUGGAGCCCCUGCAGAUGUUGGCUGUGCACAUACCGGAGGAGAACAGGUGCGUUGACAUCAUGGAGCUGUCUGAGCAGGAAGACCUGAGGAAGUUCCACUAUCACACUCUGAAGCUCUACUGUGCCCUCUGUGCUCUGGGCAACACCCGCGUGGCCCACGCGCUCUGCAGCCACCUGGACCAGUCCCAGCUGUUGUACACCAUCGACAAUCAGUACUUGUCAGGCAUGUUACGCGAGGGCUUCUACAACGCUCUGAUCAGCAUCCACCUGGAGACGGCUAAAGAGUCGCGGCUCAUGAUGAAGGACGAAUUCAUCAUCCCCGUCACGGCCGAGACGCGCUCCAUCCGCCUCUUUAACGACGCUUCCAAGAAGCACCUCCCGCCGGGGGUUGGGCUUAGCACCUCACUCAAACCGCGCCUCAACUUUGCCCCACCCUGUUUUAUCUGCACCAAACGGGAGCAUCUGUACAGCCCACAAAUCCCACUGGAUUCGCUGAAGGAGAAAUCCAUCUUAAUGUUGACAGAGGCUGUACAAGGUGGAGGGCACCACAUCCGGGAUCCUGUCGGAGGAGGCGUGGAGUACCAGUUUGUGCCAAUCCUGAAACUCAUUAGCACCUUGCUGACUAUGGGCAUAUUAGGGAGCGAGGACGUUCAUAAGAUCCUACUGCUCAUUGACCCGAACGUCUUCAGAGAGACACACGAGGAGGGAGUCGCUGGGGCCACAGACAAAGAGGGACUUACCGGAGCCGAGGAGAAGGCGGUGGAAGCUGGAGAAGAGGAAGCAGCCAAAGAGGCUAAACAGCCAAUGAAAGGGCUGCUGGAAAAGAGGCUGCCUGAGCCUGUCAAGCGACAGAUGUGUGAGCUGCUUCACUAUUUCUGCGACUGCGAGCUGAAACACCGCAUCGAGGCCAUCGUGUCGUUCUCUGACAGCUUUGUCUCGAAGCUGCAGUACAAUCAGAAGUUCCGCUACAACGAGCUGAUGCUGGCGCUCAACAUGUCUGCCGCUGUAACGGCGAAGAAGACCAAAGAGUUCCGAUCGCCACCUCAAGAGCAGAUCAACAUGCUGCUUAACUUCAGCACGGGCGAGGACUGUCCGUGUCCAUUUGACAUCCAGGAGGAACUCUACGACUUUCACAAUCAGCUGCAGCUCCACUGUGGAAUCCCUAUGGAGGAAGACGAACAUGACCAAGUUACGUCCAUUAAAGCUCGCCUCCUAAUGUUGGUGAACAAGAUUAAAGGCCAGUCUCUCAAAGCAGAGAAACCCACGGAGAAGGAACAAGCUGCACCAUCCAAUCUGAAGGAGCUGAUCUCUCAGACCAUGGUCAGCUGGGCCCAGGAAUGUCACAUACAGGACCCAGAGCUCGUACGCAAGAUGUUCAGCCUGCUGAGGAGACAGUACGACAGCAUUGGCGAACUGCUUCGCGCCAUGAGGAAGGCGUACACCAUCAGCGCUGCCUCUGUGCAAGACACCAUCAACCUCUUGGCCUCGCUGGGUCAGAUCAGGUCGCUGCUGUCUGUCCGCAUGGGAAAAGAAGAGGAGAAGCUCAUGAUUGAUGGACUUGGCGACAUCAUGAACAACAAAGUGUUCUACCAGCACCCGAACCUAAUGAGAAUACUGGGCAUGCAUGAGACUGUCAUGGAGGUCAUGGUCAAUGUGCUCGGAGGAGACAAAUCCCAGGAAAUCGCCUUCCCCAAGAUGGUGGCCAGCUGUUGUCGCUUCCUGUGCUACUUCUGUAGGAUCAGCCGUCAGAACCAGAAAGCCAUGUUUGACCACCUUAGUUACCUGCUGGAGAACAGCAGUGUGGGACUAGCCUCACCCUCUAUGAGGGGAUCCACUCCAUUAGAUGUGGCCGCUUCCUCAGUGAUGGACAACAACGGCCUGGCUCUAGCGCUGGAGGAGCCAGAUCUGGACAAGGUGGUCACCUACCUAGCAGGAUGUGGUCUCCAGAGUUGUCCAAUGCUUCUGGCUAAAGGUUAUCCAGACAUUGGUUGGAACCCCAUUGAAGGAGAACGUUACCUUUCCUUCUUGCGGUUUGCUGUCUUCGUCAAUGGUGAAAGUGUAGAGGAGAACUCCAGCGUUGUGGUCAAGCUGCUAAUCCGUCGUCCAGAGUGUUUUGGACCUGCGUUGAGGGGAGAGGGUGGGAACGGCCUGUUAGCGGCCAUGAAAGAAGCUAUCAAGAUCUCUGAGACGCCCGCUCUGGACCUGCCGGGCUCUGUCCAAGGAUUCAGCUCUGACGUGUCUGCUGAUGGCGAUGAUGAAGAGGAGGUGGUUCACAUGGGCAAUGCCAUUAUGUCCUUCUACUCUGCGCUCAUAGACCUUUUGGGACGUUGCGCGCCAGAAAUGCAUCUCAUCAACAAGGGAAAAGGUGAAGCUCUACGCAUCCGUGCCAUCCUGCGUUCUUUGGUUCCAACUGAAGACCUUGUGGGCAUUAUCAGUAUACCACUCAAAAUGCCCAUCAUCAACAAAGAUGGGUCAAUGACAGAACCGGACAUGUCAGCCUGCUUUUGUCCAGACCACAAAGCCCCCAUGGUCCUAUUUCUGGACAGAGUAUAUGGCGUUGAGGACCAGAGCUUUCUGCUGCACCUGCUCGAAGUUGGCUUCCUGCCUGACCUGAAGGCUGCUACCUCUCUGGAUACGGAGUGUCUCUGUACCACAGAGACAGCGCUGGCGAUGAACCGCUACAUCGGCUCCGCCAUGCUCCCCCUCCUCACCCGCUGCGCUCCUCUGUUUGCUGGCACCGAACACUACGCCAGCCUCAUCGACUCCACUCUCCACACCAUCUACCGCCUUUCCAAGGGCCGGUCACUCACCAAGGCCCAGCGAGACGCCAUAGAGGAGUGUCUCCUGGCUGUCUGCAAACACCUCCGUCCCUCCAUGCUGCAGCAGCUCCUGCACCGCCUUGUCUUUGAUGUGCCCUUGUUGACCGAAUACUGCAAGAUGCCUCUCAGGCUGCUAACCAACCACUAUGAGCAGAACUGGAAGUACUACUGCCUCCCGUCGGGAUGGGGCAGCUAUGGGACGGCGUCUGAGGAUGAACUACUGCUCACCAAGAAGAUCUUCUGGGGAGUGUUUGAUUCUCUGUCCCAGAGGAAAUAUGACGCAGAGCUAUUCAAGAUGGCCAUGCCUUGCCUCAGUGCCAUAGCUGGAGCUUUGCCACCGGACUACGUGGACGCCUCUAUUAGUACGACUGUGGAGAAGCCUGUUUCUGUCGAUGCUCAGGGCAACUUUGACCCCAAACCAAUCAGUACUGCGAACAUUGCUCUGCCAGAAAAGCUUGAGCACUUUGCCAACAAAUAUGCUGAGCAUUCCCAUGAGAAGUGGUCUGCAGAGAAGGUGCUGCUUGGAUGGAAAUAUGGAGAUUGUGUUGAUGAGAAGGCCAAGAUUCACCCUCAGCUCAGGACUUAUAAAGCUCUAACAGAGAAGGAGAAGGAGAUUUACAAAUGGCCAAUUAGAGAGUCCCUAAAGAGUAUGCUGGCAAUGGGCUGGAGCAUCGACAGGACCAAAGAUGGAGAGAGCAUGUCUCUGCAGCGAGAGAACGAGAAAAUGAGGAAGAUAUCUCAAGUCUCACAGGCAAAUGGAUUUAACCCGAGCCCAAUAGACACCAGCAGUGUGGUUCUGUCCAGGGAACUACAGGGAAUGGUGGAGGUAGUGUCUGAAAAUUACCACAACAUCUGGGCCAAGAAGAAGAAAAGUGACCUUGGAAGUAGAGGCGGGGGAACACACCCUCUGUUAGUGCCCUAUGACACGUUGACAGCUAAGGAGAAGGCCCGGGAUCGAGAAAAGGCCCAGGACCUUUUCCGCUUCCUGCAAAUCAAUGGCUAUAGCAUCACAAGGGGUUUGAAGGACUUGGAGCAGGAUUCUUCUUCUAUGGAGAAGAGGUUUGCGUAUAGGUUCCUAAAGAAACUCCUCAAGUAUGUCGACUCAGCUCAGGAGUUCAUCGCCCAUCUAGAGGCCAUGGCUGCCAGCGGAAAAACUGACAGGUCCCCUCAUGAGCAAGAAAUUAAGUUUUUUGCCAAAGUUCUUCUCCCUCUCAUUGACCAGUACUUCAAGAACCACUCUCUCUACUUCCUCUCCUCUCCCAGUAAGAACCUGAGCAGCAGUGGUUAUGCCUCCAACAAGGAGAAGGAGAUGGUCACCAGCCUGUUUUGUAAACUGGCAGCUCUUGUCAGACAUAGGAUUUCACUUUUUGGGAGUGACUCCACCACCAUGGUGAGCUGUCUGCACAUCCUGGCUCACACCCUGGACACAAGGACAGUGAUGAAGUCCGGCUCGGAGAUGGUGCGUGUGGGACUGAGGACGUUCUUUGAGAACGCGGCAGAGGACCUGGAGAAGACGUUUGAGAACCUGAAGCUGGGGAAGUUCACGCACUCCCGCUCGCAGAUGAAAGGGGUGUCGCAGAAUAUCAACUACACCACCGUGGCUCUGCUCCCCAUCCUAACUGCUCUGUUCGAGCACAUCACUCAGCACCACUUCGGGGUGGACCUGCUGCUGGAUGAUGUCCAAGUGUCCUGCUAUCGAAUCCUGACCAGCCUCUAUGCACUGGGCACUGGGAAAAACAUCUACGUGGAAAGACAGCUGCCAGCUCUCGGACAGUGUCUGGCCACCCUGGCUGGUGCCUUGCCUGUGGCCUUCUUGGAGCCGUUGCUCAACGCAUACAACCCCUGCUCGGUUUUUAACACCAAGAGUGCCCGAGAACGAGCCAUCUUAGGCAUACCCGACUCAGUUGAGGAGAUAUGUCCCGGGAUGCCGCGGCUAGAUGGCUUGAUGAAGGACAUCAAUGACAUGGCUGAGUCUGGGGCACGGUACACAGAGAUGCCUCACGUUAUCGAGGUGGUGCUGCCCAUGCUGUGCAACUAUCUGUCCUACUGGUGGGAGAGGGGGCCGGAGAACCAGCCGGCCAGCGGGGGAAGCGUCUGCUGCACCACCGUCACCUCGGAGAACCUCAGCCUCAUUCUGGGCAACAUCCUCAAGAUCCUCAACAACAAUCUGGGCAUCGACGAGGCUUCGUGGAUGAAGAGGAUCGCAGUGUAUGUGCAACCCAUCAUCAGCAAGGCGCGUGCCGACCUACUGAAGAGCCACUUCCUGCCCACAUUGGAAAAGCUCAAGAAGAAGACGGUGAAGGUGGUGUCUGAAGAGGAGCUGCUGAAGGCGGACAGUAAGGGAGACACCCAGGAGGCUGAGCUGCUCAUCCUGGACGAGUUUGCUGUCCUCUGCAGGGACCUCUAUGCCUUUUACCCCAUGCUAAUCCGCUAUGUGGACAAUAACAGGUCCAGGUGGCUCAAAGAACCGGAUGCUGAUUCGAACGACCUCUUCAGAAUGGUCGCAGAGAUUUUCAUCCUCUGGUGCAAGUCACAUAAUUUCAAACGCGAGGAGCAGAACUUUGUGGUUCAGAACGAAAUUAACAACCUGUCCUUUUUGACUGGAGAUAAUAAAACCAAGAUGUCAAAGUCUGGAGGACAAGACCAGGAAAGGAAGCACAAGAAACGGCGUGGUGAGUUCUACUCCAUCCAGACCUCGCUGAUCGUUGCUGCUUUGAAGAAGAUGCUGCCAAUAGGCCUCAACAUGUGCACACCAGGGGAUCAGGAGCUGAUAUCUCUAGCCAAGAGUCGCUACCUCCUGAAAGACACAGAUGACGAGGUUAAAGACCACAUUUAUCAGAAUCUGCAUCUCCGAGAAAAGUCAGAGGAUCCUGCAGUCAGGUGGCAGCUGAACCUCUACAAGGACAUAGUGAUGAGGAGCGAGGGGCCUCCGGACCCAGAGCGGGUGGUGGACCGCAUUCAGAGGAUCUCUGCAGCCGUCUUCAACCUGGAGCAGGUGGAGCAGCCUCUGAGAUCCAAAAAAUGUGUCUGGCAGAAGUUGUUGUCCAAGCAGAGGAAGAGAGCAGUCGUAGCGUGCUUCCGCAUGGCUCCUCUUUAUAAUCUACCAAGGCAUCGUUCUAUUAACCUCUUCCUCCUGGCCUAUCAGAGAAUAUGGAUAGAAACAGAGGAGUACUCUUUUGAGGAGAAGCUAGUGCAGGACCUUGCAUUGGCAAGCAUGACAUCACCGCUGAUGUCAGAGCCAGCGCUCGUGAAAUGGUGUGUAGCCUGUGUCAUUCGGGCUGAGAAAACGCAGCUCACAAUGGAAGAGGAGGAAGAGGAGGAGGUCAGAAAACAACCAGACCCGCUCCACCAGCUCAUUCUGCAUUUCAGCCACAACGCUCUGACUGAGUGCAGUUCUUUGGAAGAGGAUCCUUUGUAUAUUGCAUAUGCAGAUAUGAUGGCAAAGAGUUGUGCUGAAGGUGAAGAAGAGGAGGACGAGGAAGGAAAAGAGAAAACCUUUGAGGAAAAGGAAAUGGAGAAGCAAAAGAUGCUGUAUCAGCAGGCCAGGCUUCACGACCGAGGGGCUGCAGAGAUGGUGCUCCAGAUGAUCAGUGCCAGCAAAGGUCGACUCGGCGCUCCCGUGACGUUCACCCUCAAACUGGGCAUCUCCAUUCUGAACGGGGGCAACACGGUGGUCCAGCAGAAAAUGCUCGACUAUCUGAAGGAGAAAAGAGACGUUGGCUUUUUCAAAAGCUUAUCUAGACUGAUGAUGUCGUGCAGCGUUCUGGACUUGAACGCUUUUGAAAGGCAAAACAAAGCGGAAGGUCUGGGAAUGGUUACUGAAGAAGGAUCAAUCAACGUGAGUGAGCGGGGUUCCAAGGUGCUGCAGAACGAUGAGUUCACCAAGGACCUCUUUAGGUUCCUGCAGCUUCUCUGCGAGGGCCACAACAAUGAUUUUCAGAAUUUUCUGAGGACUCAGACAGGGAACACAACAACAGUCAACAUCAUCAUAAGUACCGUCGACUACUUGCUAAGACUCCAGGAAUCCAUCAGUGAUUUCUACUGGUACUACUCUGGUAAGGAUGUCAUCGACGAGGCCGGUCAAAGGAACUUCUCCAAAGCUCUGUCAGUGGCCAAGCAGGUCUUCAACUCUUUAACAGAGUAUAUACAGGGUCCGUGUAUUGGGAACCAGCAGAGUCUGGCUCAUAGCAGGCUGUGGGAUGCUGUGGUGGGGUUCCUCCAUGUUUUUGCCAACAUGCAGAUGAAAUUAUCCCAGGACUCCAGUCAGAUUGAAGUACUGAAGGAGCUGCUGGACCUACACAAGGACAUGAUCGUUAUGAUGCUCUCUCUUCUCGAAGGUAACGUUGUCAACGGCACCAUUGGCAAGCAAAUGGUCGACACGUUGGUGGAAUCUUCCAGCAACGUGGAGAUGAUCCUGAAAUUCUUUGACAUGUUCCUCAAGUUGAAGGAUUUAACCACGUCCGACAGCUUCAGGGAGUACGACCGCGAGAGCAAGGGGAUCAUCUCCAAGAAGGAUUUUCAGAAGUCCAUGGAGAACCAGAAGCAAUACUCCCAGUCCGAGAUUGAGUUCCUCCUCUCUUGUGCCGAAGCUGAUGAGAACGACAUGUUCAACUACACGCAGUUCGUGGAGCGGUUUCACGAGCCUGCCAAGGACAUCGGAUUUAACGUCGCUGUGUUGCUGAUGAAUCUCUCUGAGCACAUGCCCCACGACGCUCGCCUAUCGACCUUCCUCGACCUGGCUGAAAGUGUCCUCAGCUAUUUUGAGCCUUAUUUGGGGCGUAUUGAGAUAAUGGGCGGAGCCAAGCGCAUUGAGAGAGUCUACUUCGAGAUCAGCGAGUCCAGUCGUACCCAGUGGGAGAAGCCUCAGGUGAAGGAGUCGAAGAGGCAGUUCAUCUUUGACGUUGUCAACGAGGGUGGAGAGAGUGAGAAAAUGGAGCUCUUUGUCAACUUCUGUGAGGACACCAUCUUUGAGAUGCAGCUGGCCUCUCAGAUUUCAGAGCCGGACCCAGUGGAGCGCUCCGAGGAAGACGAAGACGACAAGCAGAGUGUCGUAGAAAACCAGGAGGAGGAGGAAGACGAGGAAAACAUGAUGAUGGAGUCCUCCUCUGCCUUCACAUUCGCCUGCAUUUCCAUGAGGAAAAACCUGUGCCAGUUCCGCCAAAUGCUUACUCUCAAGAGCAUGAGGCGACAGUACAGGAAAUUCAAGAAGAUGAGUGUGAAGGAGAUGGUGCGAAGCUUCUUCUCCUUCUUCUGGAUGCUCAUCACAGGACUCUUCCAUUUCAUCUACAGCCUAAUUUGGGGCUUCUUCCAUAUCUUGUGGACCACCAUGUUCGGCGGCGGCUUCGUGGAAGGGGCUAAGAACAUGAAGGUGACCGAUAUUUUGGGGAACAUGCCCGACCCCACUCAGUUUGGCAUUCAUGGGGACGUGUUGGAGGCAGAGAAGCUGGAGGCGAGUGAGGCGGCUGCGUUGGCAGAGUUGGGUCAGAUGGCUCAGGGGGACGCGGCAGAGGCCGACCUGAUGGCCGAGCUGCUGAACAUGCAGCCCAAGAAGGAGGGAAAGCAUGGGGCUGAGCCAGGGCUGGGGGACGUGUCUGAGGUGGUGGUGGGAGAUGCUCCAUCUAUUGCCAGUGCUGUCAAGCAGAAGAAGGCACAGUUGGCUGCAAAGAAGAGGGCUUCCAAUGGAGAAUACAAAUCAGACUCAGAGAAAGGAGACUCAGAUGAUGGUGAGAAGAAGGAUCCCGACAAGGCCAAAGAUGAAGCCCCUCCGGAGCACUCAGUGGAGAAGAAAGCCCCAAAGAAGAGGCUCGGCCAGAGGAAAGAACCACCCGAGGCCUUCAUGGCCAGCUUCUUCGCUGGCUUGGAAGUUUACCAGACUAAGAUGCUGAACUACCUUGCCAGAAACUUCUACAACCUCCGUUUUCUGGCCCUUUUUGUUGCCUUUGCCAUCAACUUCAUUUUGCUCUUCUACAAAGUAACUGGUGAUUACUCGGAUGAUGAAGACCCCUGGAACGGUAGAGGCAAAGCUGGCGAGGAGGAGGAAGAAGGGGCGCUUGAAUACUUUGUCCUGCAGGAGAGCACAGGCUACAUGGCUCCAACGCUUCGCUGUCUUGCAAUACUGCACACGAUCAUAUCUUUCUUGUGUGUGGUGGGAUACUACUACCUGAAGGUGCCACUGGUGGUUUUCAAGCGCGAGAAGGAGAUAGCGAGAAAGUUGGAGUUUGCCGGCCUCUACAUCACCGAGCAGCCGUCGGACGACGACAUCAAAGGACAGUGGGACAGACUGGUCAUCAAUACACCUUCCUUCCCAAACAACUACUGGGAUAAAUUUGUCAAACGGAAAGUGAUCAAAAAGUACGGCGACCUGUAUGGAGCAGAGAGGAUAGCAGAGCUGCUGGGCCUGGAUAAAAGCGCCCUGGACUUCAACCCCACAGAAGAAACCGUCACCAAGGAAGCUUCGCUGGUGCUGUGGUUAAGCUCAAUUGACACAAAGUACCACGUCUGGAAAUUGGGAGUGGUGUUUACGGACAAUUCUUUCCUGUAUCUUGUGUGGUACACCACCAUGUCCAUCCUGGGCCACUACAACAACUUCUUCUUCGCUGCCCAUCUUCUGGACAUCGCCAUGGGCUUCAAGACGCUCCGCACCAUCCUCUCCUCUGUCACACACAACGGCAAACAGCUGGUGUUGACGGUGGGCCUGCUGGCGGUGGUGGUCUACCUCUACACUGUGGUGGCCUUCAACUUCUUCAGGAAGUUCUACAACAAGAGCGAGGACGACGACGAGCCGGACAUGAAGUGUGACGACAUGAUGACGUGCUACCUGUUCCACAUGUAUGUUGGCGUGAGAGCGGGAGGCGGCAUCGGCGAUGAGAUCGAGGAUCCAGCCGGCGACCCGUACGAGCUCUACCGGAUCCUUUUUGACAUCACCUUCUUCUUCUUUGUCAUUGUCAUCCUCCUGGCCAUUAUUCAGGGUUUGAUCAUCGAUGCCUUCGGAGAGCUGAGAGACCAGCAGGAGCAAGUCAAAGAGGACAUGGAGACCAAGUGUUUCAUCUGUGGCAUCGGUAAUGAUUAUUUCGACACGACGCCACACGGCUUCGAGACUCACACCUUACAAGAGCACAAUUUGGCCAACUACCUGUUUUUCCUGAUGUACCUUAUCAACAAAGACGAGACAGAGCACACAGGCCAGGAGUCAUAUGUGUGGAAGAUGUACCAGGAGCGCUGCUGGGACUUCUUCCCAGCCGGCGACUGCUUCCGCAAACAAUACGAAGAUCAGCUCGGAUAGAUCUGACGCGAUCCUCUUUACCUCUGUGCACAUGGAGUGGGCUGCUGGGAUGUGUAGUCCUACAUGCAGCUUCUGGACUACAACAGUACACCAGUCAUCACACCCCAAUGCAUUGGACCGGGCUGAGAAGAGAGAGGCAAGGCAAACGUACUUUUUAUCUACAGUAAGAGAAAAGUCUUCUACCUACGUCACGUCGGUACAGAUGCAGUCAGUGAAGAAAUGACCUGUAACUUGCUCAGAUGUUAGAUUUUGAUUCUUUUUGUUUAAUUUGGGAAAGUGUGUUGCCUUUUUUACUCCACAUAACCCCAACUCAUUGCACAAUUCUUAUUCUUGAUUUGUUUAUGUUUUUGUUGUCUUUAUUGAGUCAAUGGGACAAUAAUAAUAAUUGUUGGGUCACAUUAUGCACAAAGAACCUUACUACAGUACUUUGAGAAUGUUGAACUUGAGACUUAAUGCCAAAAGAGAAAUGCAGUGGCGUGCAGUAGAGUUGUAUAGUGUGCAAAAAAAAAACAAAAAACAAAUGUCUUGUGGAAAAAGAUUUUAUUUCAGAUGUCGUAAACCAUGCAUAUUGAGAAGAUGAAGUUUUAGAAAGAGGAAAAAAAAGGUUUAUGUAGGAUUAUAAAAAUGCCUAAAUUGUCCUCAUGAAGUGCCUUACUGUACUGUGUCUACAUUACAAUGAAGCUAUGCAAGACUUUUAGUUUUUUCUUUAUUGUAUGUAAGUGCAGUCGUUUUACUGGAGCAGUAACACGUCGCUGUCCAGACACAUAUUUUGUGGCUGAGAGUUUUCAUUCGAACAUGGAAGAAGAUUUGAUUUGUUUGAUUUUCUAGUUAUUUAGUUAUUUAUUUAUUUAUUUAUUUGAUUGAUUUUGCCGAAUGCAGAAUAAGUGCAAGUGUUCAAAGUAUGACGUGUAAAAGACGACACAUCAGAAUUUGAGGAAGCGCCUUCGAACAAGAACAAACGUUUAAUUGCUAUUGUAUGGCCAUUUGUAUGUAGUAGCUUUGCUGACCUGUGCAUUUCUUUUGAUGGGAAAAAUAAAGAAAUCAAUGCAACAAAUGU